AUGGCGCCGCUCGAAGCUCCCGCCACCAAGCUGGUUGAUCUCAGCCAGAUAAGCCUUUUCGUCUCGGCUGGCUCCAUCGCCUUCAACCCACUCUUUUGGAACAUCAUUGCCCGGCAAGAAUAUCACAAUAAGAUACUCACCAAGCUCUUUGGCGGCCGCUCGCAAGCUGCUUGCUACGCCUUGGCCGCCACCAUCUUCUCUCUCGGGCUCGUUCGAGACUUCCUGUACGAGCGCGCCCUCCGCCAGCAGCCGUCGUACCCCCUGCUGGAGCUGGACGAGGUCAAAUACCUGGCCUACGGCUUGAUAGCUGCCGGCAACGUCCUGGUGCUGUCGUCCACUUGGGCGCUGGGCGUCACGGGCACGUUCCUGGGGGACUACUUCGAAAUCCUCAUGGACGACAUCGUGACCGGCUUCCCCUUCAACAUCACGGACGCGCCCAUGUACAACGGCUCGACGUGCUCCUUCCUGGGGGCGGCAUUGCUGUACGGCAAACCCGCCGGGAUCCUGCUGACGGCCUGGGUCUUCGUCGUCUACCAGAUUGCGCUCAAGUACGAGAACCCGUUCACGGCCGAGAUAUACGCAAAGAGGGAAAGAGAACGUGCCGCAGGAAAGGAGGCUAGCAAGAAGUCGCAGUAA